AUGUCUGGUUUUACUUCGUUAUUUGCUAAAUCCAGUGAUAAAUAUGAUCUGUCUAUAAGUGAGUUGUUCAAAAACUCUGCAGACGGACCCAUUUCAAAAGACCAACUCAUUGAAAAGAAGAGGACAAUCGUUGAUAUACCCAACCCAAAAAAACAUAAACAUACAGAGAAGGACGUAAGUGGAAAUGAAGAUGAUGAAGAGGCUAAAUCCAGUGACUUAAGUGAAGAAUCAGAAGAGCAAGAAGAAGAGGAAGAAAUUGAAGAGGAGAGACUUAUAAAAAAGACCAAAAAGAAGGAUGAAAACGACAACUUGGAAGCCAAGUACUUUGAACAGGUGAUGAGAUCUGAAGAGCAGGAAGAUACAGCAAAGGAUGAAGAUGAGUCUAAAGAGGAAAAAGUUUCAGAUGAGGGGACGCCAUCCGUCGAAAAAGAAUCCAAAAAGACGAAAGCAGCACAAACGAUAGAUUUCAAGGAGGAAGAAUUGGAAAAAGCAGAAAGAACUGUGUUUGUAGGAAAUGUUCCAAGUGAUGUGAUAACAUCAAAGACAACCGCUAAGAACUUUAAGAAGCUUUUCAAGGAAUUUGGCAAAAUUGAUUCCAUUAGAUUCAGAUCCAUUUCCUUUGGGGAAAGUUUACCAAGAAAAGUUUCAUUUGCUAAGAAGAGUUUGCAUGAAUCAAGGGAUUCUGUAAAUGCUUACAUUGUCUUUGCAGAAAAACUGGCAUCAUUGACUGCAAAGAAGUUGAAUGCAACUGUUUUUGAAAACCAUCAUCUUCGAGUUGAUCAUGUUGCCCACCCGGCACCAAAGGAUAAUAAGAGAACUAUAUUUGUUGGUAAUUUGGAUUUUGAAGAAAAAGAGGAAAGUUUGUGGACUUACUUCAAUGACAAAUUAGACAAUGAUGUCGAAUCAGUUAGAAUUAUACGCGAUUCGAAAACUAAUAUGGGUAAAGGGUUUGCGUUGGUUCAAUUCAACGACACAUUGACUGUAAACAAGGCGUUGAUGUUGAAUGAUAAACCAAUGAAGGUCACUUCCGGUAACAAAAAAGCACGUAAAUUGAGAAUAUCAAGAGCCAAAUCAAAUGCCAAACCAUCAUUAAUGUCACCCAAUCAUAUUGAAAACGUCAAAAAAGCGUAUGCGUCAAACAAAUCCCGUGAGCAACAAAGUCUAACCGAUAAUCAAAGGACAAAAUUGGGUAGAGCUCAAAGUGUAUUGGGUAAAGCUGAUAGAUCAAGGGUCGGAAAGCCAAAGAAAGUAAUUAUUGAAGGUGAAAGAGCAACUAAAGGUCUGAAAAUUUCUGGUAUUAAGGGAUUAAAGAGUGGGAAAGUAAAGAAACCAAGAAUUAGAGAUAGAUCUACUAAAUUCAAAAAUGAGAGAGAAGCUAUGAAGAAGGAGGUGAAGAAGUAA